AUGGAUCCUUCGUAUAUGGACAGGAAGAUCAUCGACCUGAGCGAGGAAGAGCUCACGUCUUUCCUCGGCCCAAACGUCGCUCCAGGCGUCCGCGUUAUCGUCGAUACAGUGAGGGCCAACCCCACCUACCUGGGCUGUACUCGGCCCCGGCUGGUCCAAAGAAGCGCCCCUGGCUCUCCUCACUCUCCCACCUCCCCUACCAUCAGUGAGGCGAAUACUCUCGUCUCACCGCUCAGCCCGAGCUCAGACGCCUCCACCGUCGUCACCCCCGACCUGAUCUCGGAAUACGAGGCUAAUUUCUGGUACCAUGGCAUCUCCGUCGACCCUCCCAAGCUCAUGUGGCGUUCGGAUCUCGAAACUAACCCCUUCCCCACCCCCCAGCGUGGAGACCGCUUCUUCAAAGUCCCCACCAAGACUGCCCACGGCGUGUUCAAUACGCCGCUUAACAACGUCUGGGACACCGUCGCUCCCCUGAUUAUCGCAUCGAUGAAGUCCCACAACCUCAAGUACUCCGCGCUCAAGGCGGUUCGCUUCUCGACCCGCUUCUCGACCCUCCAGGACGAGGACGAAACGUUUGGUCCUGUCGUCGUGUGGAUCGUCGUGCGGCCCAACACCACCAACGCCGGGGCUGUUCGCGAUGCCACGCCAGACAUCCUUGGAAUCCUCGCUAGCGCCAAUGUCACCGGCAUCGUUGUCGAGUGGUACGAGGGAGUCCAUCAGCUCAGUUUCGGCCUCAACCACCCCUUCAACACCGGUCUAGGCAUCCCCAUCGCUAGACAGUCUGACGACUCGCAGGGCACCAUCACAUUCCUUUUCCGGGAGGUGAAGGACGGUAACGGCUAUCCUAGCGACAGGAUUCUCGCGGUGACCAACAAGCACGUCGCCUCCGUCGACGCGACCACCACUUACGAGUUCGAUGAGGCUGACCCUCAGCACAUCCUCGUGUGUGGUGAACGCCGUUUCGCUCGUGCCGUUGUCGAGAUUGAAAACAGCGUCAACAAUGCGCUCCGGGACGCCGUUAUAUUUACACGGCAGUUGAAGCGCGUGGAGUCGACCUCGGGCGGUCAGAACAGCGUGGCCGCACGACGCCAGAGGUCCGCUUUGAACGACAAGAACGAGGACAUCGUUACCCUUCAGACGCUCCUCAACAAAGUCCGAUCCGAUUGGAAGGCUGGCGAGCUCCGUGAGUUCGGUGUCGUCGACUGGGCUCCCGAGAUUUCCGUCAGAGUCGACGACCGCCACGACACUCGCGACAUUGCCACGUUUGCGGUCGAUGGGGCGAAGCUCGAGAAUUUUGAGGGCAACAUCGUCGAUCUUGGCAACCAAUACCGCGUCACUGAGCUCGAGGACUUCUUCUGGCCCGUCGCUGCUGUUCGCAACGGCAGGACGAUCCCCGACAACCUGCAGCUUCCCAUCCGCAGCGCUCUCCCUCGUUGCCUCGUAAUUAAUCCCGACACGGAGGACCAGAAUGGCGAGCCGCUCUACAUCGUCGCCAAGUACGGCAAUACGACUAAGCUCACCCUGGGUCGUUACUCCGGCAUGGAGGCCUACACCUGCACCGACCUCGGACUCGAGUCUAGGGAGGUCGCGGUGUAUAAUUACAGCAAGUUUUCCGGCGACUUCUCUGACCACGGUGAUUCGGGCUCCCUAAUCUUCACGGGCGAUGGCGACGGGCUCGCCAUGCUACACUCAGGCAUGUCUCGAGGCAUGAGCAAUCAUGUCACCUUCGGCACGCCCCUCUGGUGGGUCAUCGGGCAGAUCCUCGGCAAGUACCCCUCGGCCGAGUUCUACGGCAUCGCCCACACCCUCGACUGA